UCCUUCCUGUAUUGGAAAAAGCUAAAACCCUAAUCAGUCACUCUCUGUUUACUCUGUCUCUCAACGAUGACGUCUGCGGCCAAAAGGCGAUUGUCUAUAUCCAACACCAGCAGCGACGACGCAGGGAUCAUCACGCGAUUUACUCGCAGCGUGUCGGAGUCUCCGAUCGUUGACAAGACAAAGCGGGCGGCUGGGGACGCCGCGUUUGUGACCAAGAAGCUGCUGAAGAGCACCGGAAAGGCUGCUUGGAUCGCAGGGACAACGUUUCUGAUCCUAGUGGUACCCCUCAUCAUUGAAAUGGACCGCGAGCAGCAGUUCAACGAGCUCGAGAUACAGCAGCAGAGUCUCCUCGGCCCCCCGCCGCCGCCCCAAGUCCAACUUCCGAAGUGAACUUUUGAUCUAUCUGCUGAAGAAGAGACGAAAGAGACCUCCUUCAGGUUAGGGGAGGGAACCUUUGACUUCGAUUUGAAUGUUGAGUUAGGGUUCCAUUAUUAGAGCGAUUCUUGUAGUUUUCAAAUAAUAUUUUUUUUUUCUCGUUGAUUUUUCCAGUUGUGAUGAUUGUGGAUUAAAGGUAUUCGAAUUUAAAUUACGCAGUUAAUCUAAAGUAGUUGUCUUUGAUUGUGUCA